UAUGCAAAAAUUUUAUAUUUAUGAGUAUCUAAGGAGAUUGUGUGAUGAAGAUGACGAACUUAGCGAGGUCGAACCGGAUGCCGUUCCUAGUGAAGUCAGGGAUUGGUUAGCCCUAACAUUCACGAGGUCUAUGAGUAAUAUUAAACGAAGAGGGGAAGAAAAACCUAAAUUUCGAACAGUCGCCCACGCAAUACGAGCCGGUAUUAUGGUUGACAGAAUAUAUAGGCGAAUGUCAAGCUCUGUAGGCUUACACGUUCCACCAAAUGUUCUGCUCUUAUUAAAGAAUUUAGACGAUUGGUCGUUCGAUGUUUUCUCCGUAAACGAAGCUGGGGAUAACCACGCGCUUAAGUUUGUCACCUAUGAGCUAUUACAACGUUACGAUUUAAUAGCAAAAUUUAAAAUAAGUACCCAAGUCUUAGAAAGCUUCCUUGCCCAAUUGGAGAGUGGAUACAGCAAGUACACAAAUCCAUACCAUAAUCUAAUUCACGCGGCCGACAUUGCUCAAACUGUACAUCACAUACUCAGCCAAAGCAGUUUAGCGCAUUGGCUAACCGAUUUGGAAGUGUUUGCCACAAUCAUUGCCGCUUGCGUACACGACUUUGAGCACACAGGAACAACGAAUAAUUACCAUAUAAAUACCAAUUCAAGCGUUGCUCUCUUGUAUAACGAUAAAGCUGUUUUGGAGAACCACCACAUAAGCGCGGCAUUUCGAUUAAUGAGAGAAGAUGAGCAUAAUAUUCUUAGUGGUUUAAAGCCGGAAGAAUAUAGAGAAUUCAGAAGUCUAGUCAUAGAUAUGGUUCUAGCUACCGACAUGUCUUACCACUUUCAGCAAAUAAAGAAUAUGAAAAAUAUGUUGUCGAUGCCUGAAAAUAUCGACAAAUCAAAGGCUUUAUCCUUGGUUCUGCAUUGCGCCGACAUAAGCCAUCCAGCCAAAGAUUGGGAACUGCACGUUCGCUGGACCGAACGGUUAUUAGAGGAAUUUUUUAGACAAGGUGAUCAUGAAGCCGAGUUGGGCCUACCUUAUUCACCUUUGUGUGAUCGGAAAAAUACGCUUGUGGCGGAAAGCCAGAUAGGCUUUAUAGAUUUCAUAGUUGACCCGAGCUUCCAAGUGAUGGGCGACAUGUUGGAGAAGAUUUUGACUCCAUACUCCUCCACUUCACGUCUCCAUGACGGUUCAAUUACUGAGGAAAAGACUGCAGAGAAGACGACAAGUACUGCAUCCAGUGCACGAUCUAGUCGGUCAUCUUCACCACGUUCUCGCACCCCAGUCACAGGUAUAGCUCCACCUAGAGUUGACUUUUCGAAUCAUUUGUACUCAGUAGCGCAUUUGCGGAUAGGAGGAUUUCAAUACGUAGCCGACUUGGGAACAAUAGCCGGAAAUUUGUUCCGAAAGGUGAACGUCGAUAUGAUUUCUGUAAUUUUCGUUUGCAGAAUGAGAUUCGAAGUUCGCAGGCAAUGGGUGGAAUGCCUUACGAAAAAUAAGAGCUACUGGAAAGAGAGAGCAAUAAAAGAUGCCGAACUAAGAAAACAAUCUCAAACUUCAAAUGCCGAAAAUACUACUCAGAAUCAGUCUGUUCCUCCUCCUCCACCACCCCCUCCUCCUUCUAGUAAAGAAAAAACAGCCAGUGCAUUCCCUAUAGCAACAAAAACUGAUAAUGAUAUUGGUAAGACUAAGGAAUCUAUUGCUGAAUCAGAAAGUAGGGGAACAAAGACUUUAUCUAACAUUGUCGCCUCAUCGUCAUCUACUGAUGAUUCGACGAAAGUUGCAUGAAGAUGGUUGGAGGUGUAUGUUGUCAGAUAUAGUUUGAAAUACUAAAUGCGCAGCAUGAACAUUCCCUUUUUUAACAAGAUAUACAUAUAUUUAUUUAUAUAAUAAUGUAUAUAUCUAUCUUUUUUAUAAUAAUUAAAAACAAAUCAAAAUCCCAAUAGAGCCUAUAACCAUAUUUUAUUUUGACACACUGAAAAGCAUUUCUCAUUGUCUUAUUUUUUUUCUAACAGUGUUACAUAAACUUUCAAUCUGAUUUCUUAAUACAUUUCAUUUCAUAAACGAAGAUUUUUUAAAUAUAAU